AGACCCGUAAUAUGGCGGGGAGGAGGAGAAGGCGGCGGCGGAUCGAGCUGCUUUCUGUCGGUACCAGUUGAGCCUUUUGCUUUCUGACAAGGCCUGUGGCGAGGGGAGAAAAGCUCACGGCGCCGUGGGGAAUCAGAGCCUACUGUGUCCUGACACUGUUCUGUGUAAUGGGGAUUCAGUGAGCAAGACUGAAAAGGUACCUGUGCUUAUGGAGCUUACAUUUUGGUGGAGGAAGACAGACAAAAAUCAAGGAAAUAAACAAGAUAAUUUCAGAUAGUGUGUGAUUGUGAAAAGAUGGAGGAAUAUGAGAAGUUCUGUGAAAAAAGUCUUGCAAGAAUACAAGAAGCAUCAGUAUCCACAGAGAGCUUUCUACCUGCUCAGUCUGAAAGUAUUUCACUUAUUCGCUUCCAUGGAGUGGCUGUGCUUUCGCCACUGCUUAAUGUUGAGAAAAGAAAGGAAAUGCAACAAGAAAAGCAGAAAGCACUUGAUGUGGAAGCAAGGAAGCAGGUUAAUAGGAAGAAAUCUUUACUGACUCGUGUCCAGGAGAUUCUUGAAAAUGUUCAGGUUAGAAAAGCACCUAAUACCAGUGAUUUUGAUCAGUGGGAGACUGAAACAGUUUACUCUAAUUCAGAAGUCAGAAACUUGACUGUUCCUGCUACAUCUCCAAAUAGUUUUCCAAGCCCUACUGAACACUCUACUUUAGUAAAGCUUGAAAAGAUAGCUGGAAUUUUGCCAUUGGAGAAUGAAGAUCAAUGUAAAACUAAUGAGAUAGACUUAGCCAGAGAUUCACAAGGAUUUAAUUCUCUGAAGCAAUGUGAUAGUUCAGAUAUUAGUCAUGCAGAAAAUGAAGCUUUUCCAAAGAUCUCCUCAGCAACCCCACAAGAGACUCUUAUUUCUGAUAGUGUCUUCUCAACAAAUGAAGAACAGGAUCCAUCACUUUUGGCAGAAGUCAUUCCGGAUCCCUAUGUAAUGAGUCUUCAGAAUCUAAUGAAAAAGUCAAAGGAAUAUAUAGAAAGAGAACAAUCUAGACGCGGUCUGAGAAGUAGUGCAAAGAGGAGUGUUAAUGAGAGUCAUUCAGACAAAGAAAAUGAUGCUGUAAAAGUGACUGACUGUGUAAAGGAGAAGGCCCAGAUGAUAGGCAAACACUGUGUCUCAGUUAUUCCCGACAAACCAAGCCUUAAUAAAUCAAAUGUUCUUCUCCAAGGUGCUUCAAUUCAAGCAAGCAGCAUGAAUAUGCCAGUUUUAGCUAGCUUUUCUAAAGUGGACAUACCUAUACAAACUGGCCAUCCCACUGUUCUAGAUUCUGAGUUUAAAGUUAUUCCCACUUUUGUUACUGAAAAUAAUGCUAUGAAAAGUCUUGCAAGUUCAUAUGCCAAAUUACCUAGUCCAGAGCCAAGUAUGAGUCCUAAAAUGCAUCGAAGGCGUUCCAGGCCAUCAUCAGAAUGUCACAUACUUAUAAAUAACCCAAUAAAUGCCUGUGAAUUGAGCCCCAAAGGAAAAGAACAGGCAGUGGAUUUAAUUGUUCAAGAUACUGAUGAAAAAACAAAUGUACCUGAAACUGUGCCAAAGUUAACAAUUAAUUUAGCAGGAGUUUGUUCAAGCAAGGUUUAUGUCAGCAAAAAUACAUCCGAAGUUGUUGACGAUAUGGUUUUAGGUAAAUCAACAGGAAAUCAGUUAGAAAAUAAAGUUAUUCAUGGACUUGCCACUGCGGAAGGUCAGUUAACAUCUGAUGAGAGAGGAGCGCACAAAAUGAAUAGUACUUGUACUGCCAUGCCAAAAUUGCAUGAACCAUAUCCCACCAAUCAGUGCGUAGCAAGUCAAAACUUUGGAACUGUGGGUGGAUUCAAGUCAGCCAGUAUGUUAGAGAAAAACUGCAAUUUACAAAUGGAAUUGAAUAAAUCUUAUGAUGUAAAAAACCCAUCUCCUUUAUUGAUGCAAAAUCAGAAUACCAGACAGCAGAUAGACACACCUACAGUGUUCUGUGGAAAUGAACAAUUUUUGGAUAACAGUUUUGAGAAAGUUAAACGGAGACUUGAUUUAGAUAUUGAUAGUUUGCAAAAAGGAAACUGCCCUUAUGUCUUAACAACUGGAAUAGCUGAACAGGAAAGGCCAGAAAAAUGCUACCCUAAGGGAUCUGUCUUCAUUAACAAGAAUAAAAUGUCAGAGACUAGUUCCAAAGAAAGUGAGGAAAUACUAAAAAGCAAGAUGUUUGCUUUUGAAGAAAUGCGGAAGAGGCUAGAAGAACAGCAUGCCCAGCAGUUAUCACUACUCAUAGCUGAGCAGGAAAGAGAACAGGAAAGACUGCAAAAGGAAAUAGAAGAACAGGAGAAAAUAUUAAAAGAGAAGAAAGCAAUUACAGCAGAAGCCUCUGAAUUGGACGUUAAUAAUGUGGUAGACUUAGAAUGGAGAAAAAUAAGUGACUCUGGUUUGCUAGAAACAAUGCUGUCUCAAGUGGAUUCACUCCAUACUUCAAAUUCAAAUAGUUCUGGUUUCACAAAUUCUGCCCUACAACAUAGUUUUGGUUCUUCGAAUGAAGCACCAUUCUACCUCUGGGGGUCAUCAACUAGUGGCUUGACCAAACUCUCAGUAACAAGGCCUUUUGGAAAGGCCAAAACUAGAUGGUCUCAGAUUUUUAGUCCAGAAGUACAAGCAAAAUUGAACAAAAUAACUGCAGUAGCAAAAGGAUUUCUUACUCGUAGGCUUAUGCAGACAGAUAAGCUGAAGCAACUUCGACAGACUGUAAAAGAUACUAUGGAAUUCAUGAGAAAUUUUCAGUCAGAAGCACCAUUAAAGAGAGGCGUUGUUUCAGCACAAGAUGCUUCACUUCAGGAAAGAGUGUUAGCUCAGUUGCGAGCUGCCCUGUAUGGCAUUCAUGACAUAUUCUUUGUAAUGGAUGCAGCUGAAAGAAUGUCUAUUCUACAUCAUGAUCGAGAAGUUCGCAAAGAGAAAAUGCUCAGGCAAAUGGAUAAAAUGAAAAGUCCACGAGUGGCUCUUUCAGCUGCAACACAGAAGUCUCUUGAUAGGAAGAAGUUCAUGAAAGCUGCUGAAAUGGGAAUGCCAAAUAAGAAAUUUCUGGUUAAACAAAAUCCUUCUGAAACAAGAGUCCUUCAGCCAAACCAAGGACAGAAUGCACCUGUUCAUAGGCUGCUUAGUAGACAAGGAACCCCUAAGACAUCAGUGAAGGGGGUUGUGCAAAAUAGACAGAAGUCUUCACAGAGCAGAGUGGUGCCUAACAGAGCGCCUGUUUCAGGAGUAUAUGCAGGAAAAAUCCAAAGAAAGCGGCCAAAUGUUGCGACAAUUUAAGAAGACAGCAUUCAUUAGGAUAAAAAAGUGGGGGGUGGUGGAGGAUUAUUAUCAUUAUUUUUCCUGUCCAAGACUUUUUAUUUAACCCUGGACUCUGUUUACACAAAGUGACAUCAAAAGGCUGAGCAAUUAUCUGGAGAACUUGGCCAGUGGGCUAAUUCCUGCCCCAUGCCUCCAUUUUCCUCUCAACAGUAGGCUUGGGGGAAGAGAAAUUAGUUUAGGAAUUGCCUCAUCUCUGUGCUUAACUUACACAAACAUCAGUUUGCUUUAUGCACCCAGAUGUCGACAGUGACCCUUUUGGUAAACUUAAUGGCCAUUUGGGUUUAUUUUUACAAAAUAUUGAAAAGAUAUGACAAAUUGUAAGUUUUAAAACAUAAAUUUCAUUCAUCCCUACAUACUUACUGCUGAAUUUGAUAAACAAAUUAGAUACUAUUCUACUCAAGGGGAAAUUAUUGCAGAAGACUGUUUUUCCCUGUUUUUGUAACUUUAAGAACUCAGAUUAGCCUCUCAAUGUCCAUAUAGUAGCUGUGGGUCACCAUUUUGGUCAGAAGUAUACUUUCCUGUCAACGACAAGUUGUUUUACGGAAAUGAUAGGUUUCAUGUAUGUUAAUCCAGUACUUACUGUCAAAACAUUUGUACUAGCUUUUAAGAUCUUUCUUUGAAGGGUAACAAAUUUGGGGAAGACAGCACAAUCUUGAAUGUAGCACUUAGGAAUGCAUUAUUAUAUCUAUUUCUGUAAAAUAAGAAUUACUUGUUGCAUACGGUUGUAUUUUCUGUUUAGUCUGUAUAUUUUGUUUCUUCAUAGUCUGUUUUUUCUAGCAUGCUUGAUUUAGGAGAGAGUAAAGGGCUAUAUAAUUAUAAUAAUAAAUUCAGAUUUCAAAUGGGAUAGUAAUACUGCCUAAAGUUUUGCAUCCUACCUAGUUGAUCCUGCCAAUAGAAGAAAAAAAAAUUCUGCAUUGCUUAAAGGCGCUGAUGUUUAAGGUUUUUCAUCACUAUUCACUAAAA